CAUCAGCAUCUCCGUUUCCCCGGAAAUUGCCCAAACAACUCUUCAUUUGCAAGGUGCAGGAGGCGGGCCCUUUGUUGCACGCAGACCAGCCCCCCGGACGGUCGGGCUGCCUCGCCGCUGCGGGAGAUUGCCGCCUCGCGUCCCUGGUGGCUGCAGGUCUAAAGAUGCCCGUGUACAAGGGACAGCUGGCGAGGGAGGAAGGCGAAGGCGAAGGGGACCAGAUCCUCCACGUCUUUGACUACGGCGGGGACGAAGCAGAGGAAAGGAAAGGCACGUACCGGAAGCAGCUGAUAGCGCAGGAAUCGGGGAUCUACGUGGGGCGUCGGACCAUCGGAAGCAACCCGGGACUCCGCGAGAAACUGGCGGAGGGCAAGGAGUUCCAGGCCCACGUCGUCAAGUGCCCCGGCGGGUCGUACGAUUACAUUCUCAAGGCCUGGGAUAUGGGACGGGUGGCGCCCCCGGAGGAACAUUACCCGAAGGAGGACGAGGAGAUGGCGGCCGUCGUCAUAGACAGGAGCGGGGAUUACCUGACGGUGGCUUGCGGUCCCAAUGUUGCUUUCACGACCAAAAAAUCCUUUCUGACUGCAGGAGUGGACCCUGACGACCUGUCGCUGCCCUUCUCUCGACUGAAAGUUCGCCUGUCCAAAUCCGACACGAGGCCUGCGGAGAUUCCCUUGGCAGCGUGGGAAGCCCGGCCAACACAGGUUUCUAAGCAAGAGCAAAGACAAGAGGGGAAGGAAUAGCCUGGUUUUCUUGUUAUUUGUUGUAGUCCGGGGCUACCUGUCGAUGAAUUUGUAAUAGCAGCGACUAGUGACAUCGAGUUCAGUUGCCACGGCGACUACAAGCUUGCCGGGUGCCAUGGGCUCUGUGCGUGACGUAUUACAGCAUUGAUGUAAUUUUAUCUACCAUUAUUUUGAUUUCCCUUUUCCCUUAUCAAAUCAACAGUGGAUUAAUUCACAAACAUGCGGUGUAAUGUCAUUUCAUUAAGUUAUUGCAUUUGAUUCUAUUUUUUUCUUUUGUUUAUCCAAUUUAUUAUUUUGUGUGUGAAUAUACAUAUGUUUUAGACGCCAGAUGACAAAAAUACUUUAUGUAUAUUCCACUGGUAAUAGCUACCAGUAAUUACCAUUAUGAUAAUUAAGGGAAUCCAUCAUUAUGUUAAAGAACCAAUAAUUUUUUCAAACA